AUGGCCAUUCUUUCACAGUGUGAAGCUAGUGAUGGUGAUGGCUGUGGGCAGAUCUUUCCUCACAAGACUCAACCUGGGAUCUGUGCAAAAUGCCAUAAAUUAGCUUCUUUUCAAGCUGGCUCUGCAGACAUCAAGUUAUGGCAGGCAAUGCCACAAUGCAAAGGAUGUGGCAUGGCAUGGAAAAAUUUACAGGGAGAGAUGUGCAGAACUUGUGAAACUGCAUCACCUGCAGCCAACCAAGGUGCAAUGCUAGUUGGUAACUGUGAUAGCAGUACUGGCACAAGUCAGGUCAUGCAUGAUGCCAUUGAAACUGCAAGGCAAGCACAGGCAGUGUCAGCUAGUGUCCACUUGUGGAAAUCACCAAAUACAUCUGGACUUCCAAACACUCUGAACACAACUGCUGGCCUCAAUUAUGCAUGGAAUGGUGGUGGUCAACCAGGCAGUGACAAGAUCAAAAUUGCUAUUGAACCACUCAGGCUCUCUGACAUUUGCACCACAGAGGUCCUUGAGGAUUCUCUCACUGCCCUUAAUGUCAACUGGGAAAAAGAUGAGGGUUUAGGGUUGGUAUUGGGUGAAGUUCAGUUUUGUUUUCCUGGAAACAAGAAUUUCCAGCCAGGUGAUCAAACUAAAACUGUUGGAUAUGUGUAUAAUGCAUACAUGCUUGGCAAGUCAGCAGAUUUCUACAAACCAAGGGAUGCCCAAUCCAAGGAAGUGAAAGGACCAGCCCUCUUCUUGGAACUCUAUGUCGACUGUGAAGCAGUGCAACAUGUUUGCAGCAUGGUGCCUGAAACAGGUGAAGUCAAAAUUGUGUGGCCAGAUGACAGUGUCAAAACAAUCAAGGGUUUCCUGGGAUCUGAUGUGUUUUCAAAAGGCUGGACAAAGAAGGUUUAUAAGCUAAUGCUCAAUGGAGAUCUUUUUGUUGCCAAAUGUUUCUUUGACAUUGGCACUGGUGAAUCUGUGACAACUACUGACAACAAGAAGUACCUUGAGGCUGAACUAGUCCAACUUAACUUGGGAAAGUGGUUUCUGGGCCAUUUCUGUGAACUUGCAAAGCAACAGGGUGUCAGCAUCUUUUCAGAGAUAGUGUUUUCUGAAGGUUUCCUGCUCUGUGAACAUGAGAUGUUGUCUGCUGCAUCUGGUGAAUCGGACCAUGGGAAUUACUAUGGUGGUGCUGUUUGGCUUGUUGAGCCUCAAUGGACUACAAUGGUUAUGAAGUUUAGUGGCACACUGGAGCACCCAUCUUCAACAGACAAACUUGGAAUUACUAUUUCAGCCUUUGCUCAUUUUGCAUAUGAGUACAGCAAGCAUAAAUUGGUCUUUGCAGAUAUUCAAGGUUCCCCAAUGACAGUGAAUGGGCAUGAUGGAAUGGUCUUAUUCAAUGUAAUGACCCAUGCGGUGACAUUGUAUGGUAACCAACUGCAUCACAGUGUCAAGUUACUGAUUCCCCUCAAGUGA